CAUUGAUGCUAAUAGCCUCAUUCCUGCGCACCUACAGGCCUACCGUUCAUUUUUCCUCACUAUUUAAUUUCCCCUUUAUUAAUUCGCCUUUCCCCAUCAUCGUGACUCAUCUCAUAUUUCCCCUCACAUUUCUCUCCCACAUCCCCUUCUCUUAGUCCCCCCUCCAGUCCCCUUCCAUUACCCUUCCCGCCUUCCAAUAUCGUAUAUACGGAGAGCAGGGAACGAGCUAGCCCUCAGAACAAGACUUCUAUCUGCCAGUCAAGAUACUCGGAUGACGUUCAAAAUGGCAAGAGGGAAGGCCCAUCAGACGCUCCUGGCGCUGUGCUUAUGCUACGCCGUUGUGGAAACCAUCUCCGCGCCAAUGGACGUGGCCACCCGAGCGGACGGGUCGGUGUUGGUCGGCGACAUGCUCUACUCCGCGGCGCAGUGGCAAAGUUUGCUCGCUAGGAACUUGCAUUCUAAAGAAGUGCUUUGGCCGAAAACGAACGGAGUUGUCAAGAUUCCAUACAAGAUAGCAAAUCCGAAGAUAAACGUGACUCUGCUGAAGCUGGCCAUCAGUGCCUGGGAGUCUAAGACGUGCUUAGAGUUCCCCGAGUUGCCCGCGGCUGACACCACCACGGCUGAGUACCUCAACAUCCUGAUAGAGAAGAGCUGCUGGUCCGGCGUGGGCUACGCGCAAGGCAGGGUCACGAACAUCAGCAUCGCGGGUGAUGAAUGUGAUCUCAAGGGAAUCAUCCAUGAGUUCGGCCACGCGAUGGGGUUGCAGCACGAACAGUCUCGCAGCGACAGGGACGACAACAUCAUCGUGAUUACGGCCAACAUUCAGCCUGGCGAUGAGCAUAAUUAUAAAAAAUUUGACACCGUCAACUACGGCAUCCCUUACGACUACUACUCAGUCUUGCAGUACGACGAUAGGGCUGCGUCCAAGACCGCAGCGCGCGUGAUGCUUGCUAGAGACGCUCGGUUUCAAAAAGUUAUGGGCGAAGGCAAAGAAAUUUCCUUCAUGAACAUGAAGCUCGUGAACACCAUGUACGGCUGCAUAGAUGACUGGUUGACGAACUGCAAGCUGUCACCUGAACCCUGCAAGAACGGCGGCUUCACCAAGAAGGACUGCAGUUGCGCUUGUCCGUUGGGCACGACAGGCGCUAACUGUGAGAACUUCGUCAUGAGCUACAACGACGCCCUGAUCCAGAAGCUGACUCCACAUAGCGCCAACAUCACCAAACCAGGAGAAGUCACCUCUCCUGGCUACCCCAAAUUUAUCCGUCUAGGAG